CAGUUUUCUGCCAGUGGACGAUUACGACAUAAAAAAAGUCGCAAAACGGCCUUGUUUUCUUGCCGUAAAACAGGCCUGUACAUGAUAGUGGUACGAACGAACGUCCAGACGACGUGAAAACGCGCCAAGUUGAGGACCUGCCAGCGUUUGGACCGCGUAGGUUACUGUGUCAGAGGUUCCCUAACUGAACACCCCCCUCCCACCCAGCAUGGCUGCAGCCGAGGAGGAUUUUGAGUUCCAGCUGCAGCAGGAGGAGAUCCAGCGGCACCACCAGGAGCACGGAGACCCCUUCACUUACACGGACCCUGACGAUGGCACGGUGUACGAGUGGGACCAGGACAAACUGGCCUGGUUUCCUAAGAUCACUGAUGAUUUUAUCGCUGCAUAUCAAGCCAACUACGGAGUGGCAGAAUCAACACAACAACAAACAGCAUCAACAACACAACAACAACAAACACAACAACAACAACAGCAACAAAAGAAAGCAAAGAAGGACCUGAAACCAGGGGAGAAGAGAAAAGCAAAUGAUCCUGAGUGGUUUGAUGUCGACGAGGUCAAGAAUACAAACGUUUAUGUUUCAGGCCUCCCCACAGACAUCACAGACGAUGAGUUUAAGGACCUGAUGCAGAAGUGUGGGAUCAUCAUGGAGGACAUGGAGACGGGACAGCCCAAGUUCAAGUUGUACCGGGACCAGAACGGUCAGCUCAAGGGGGACGGGAGGUGCUGCUACCUCAAGAGAGAGUCGGUUGACCUGGCCCUACAGAUCCUGGAUAACUAUGAGUUCAGGAGUCACACCAUCCACGUGGAGCCUGCCAAGUUCCAGCUGAAGGGGGCGUACAACCCAGCACUCAAGAAGAAGAAAAAGAAGCAGAAGAAGCAGAAGAACAUGCAAGAAAGGCUCCUUGACUGGAGACCGGAGAGAAAAGAGCCGCUCCGCCCCAAACACGAGCGAGUGAUGAUCAUCAGGAACAUGUUCCACCCCAAGGACUUUGAGGAGGACCCUCUGGAACUGAACGAGAUCAGCGAUGACUUGAGGAGCGAGUGUGAGAAGUUUGGCAUCGUCAAGAAGGUUCUCAUCUUUGAUAGGCAUCCAGACGGCGUAGCCUCAGUGGCGUACAAGGAAGCUGAAAUGGCGGACGCUGCUGUGGCCGCGCUCAACGGGAGGUGGUUCGGAGGUCGUCAGCUCAAUGUGGCCUUAUGGGAUGGGGUCACGGACUAUCAGAUCGAGGAAACUGACAGAGAGAGAGAAGAGAGGCAGAAAUGGGAGGAGUUUCUGGACCUGGGGGCAGACAUUAGGAAAGGGGAUGCCAAAAAAGAUGAUGCCACGGAACAACAAAGUAGAACAGAGAAGGCCAGCAGCAGCACAGCAGGAGAGUCAACAUCAGAUGGAGGAAAGACGGAGGGAUGAAAAUGUAGGAGAAUUUGCACAAGUUUUCUUGUGUUGGCUGUUAUAUAGACAUUGUAGAUAGCUUUUAUAAAACUAAUUGUUCCAUCACAAAAAGACACAAUCUUGAUGACACCACCAGCCUUACAGUUUACCAAGUAUAAGGCCACUCAGUCAGUCACUGGAUCCAGGAAAAUGUAGUAUCAUGUAGGUUAUUCAGAAUGUCAGAUUGAGUGUUUUUUGAUGGAGCAAAGAUUGGCGCUCUACAAAAUGUAGAAAGUUUGUUUUGUGUAAAUUGAAUGCUAGAUUUCUAUAUGCCACUAUGUAUUUGAGUGGGAUCAUUUCGUGCAUUUCUGCAACCGUAUUUCUACAUGACAUAUAUAUCGAUAAAUGAAGGAGUGUAAUUCAUUUUUAUAUCUGAUAUCCUUCCUUCAAUAGGUAUGUAUACUGAUUACAAUAUCUCUCAAGCCUUACCUAAGUCUUGAGCAUAUAGUCUAAGACUUAAACAUACUCAGUGUUGUAAUAAUCAUGUAAGAGGAGGUCCCAAUUUGCCCAUAUCAUGAUACAUAUACAAAGUACAUGUACAUCAGACAGAGUGACCAAUUUUGUGGUCCCAUAGAUUCUUCUUGCUGGCAUUAAGAAUCCUGUCUACAGUAACCACUGUCUAUACU